UAAGUCCAUCACGGUGUUUUCACUGACCCAGUGUCCAUCACGGAGUCCACCCAUUGUGAGCACCCACCAGAGAGCAAAUGACAGCCAACACACCCACGGCAGAUGAAUACACAUACGACACAAGGUGAGCAGCGCUAUACACACACGCUCUAGGAAACCGCCGCGGCAUACACGAGAGGGAAACAACCCAAUGCCGCCUUUACGACCGUAUUGAUAAAAGAUUGACCCACCCAGGCAUACUCUACAGCCCCUUCUUCCUCCCUACCCUUCCCCCUCCCCUCCCUCUCUGCUGCUGGUCUCCACCACUAGUACCAAAGCUGUUGCACUCCGGGUGCUUAGCGAACCACUUGAGCGUCCUGUCCAUCCCCUCAGCCACGGUAUAGAGCGGCCGGUACCCCAGCACGUGCCUCGCCUUGUCCCACUUGAUGGUCUGCGUGUAGCACAGCGCGUCCACGGCGAUGGUCGUCAGGGGCACAAACAUCCGCCCCACCAGCAGCGCCCACAGCUCCGCCAGCAGAGCGAACAGGUAGCAGAUCCACCACGGCAGAUAGACCGAGGGGAGGGUGUAGCCCGCCUGCUCGACAAAGGGCCGAUUGAACUCAAAAAAGCUUUGCGCCGGCGUGUCGUCGGACAGCAGGAAGACCUCCCCGUCAAGACGACCAUUGCUGUCGUCUUGCUUCAGUGCGUGGAGGGCCAGAAGGUGUCCGAAGCAGAUAUUCUUGACAUAGGCGAAGUCCAUCAGGGCGUGUUUGGGGUGGCCGGGAGGCGCGCCGAUGAGCACCGUCACGAUGCGCCGGCGGAUAGAGUGGAUCAAGUCACCGAUGUGCAGCUGCAGACAAAAGGACACACACAAACUAUUCGAGCGAUGCAUCCAUUGAAGUGUUGGCUGCGACCGGUUCGCUCACCUUAUCGCCCUCGCCAUAGAACGCCACUGGACGCAAAAUGAUGAUUCGCACACGGCGGCCGUCAGAUGUCUGUGCGUGGCGGCGCAGGAGCCUCUCGGCGUCGGCCUUGGUUUGAGCGUAUCGCUUAUAGAGGAAGUGCCGCAGUGAAGGCGGAUAGGGGGCGUCCUCGGUCAUCUCCACGUUCUGAUGAAGGCCGUUGAUCACCUCCACCGUGCUGCAGCAGGCAACAUCAGUAGGCCGACACAAGAGAGUGCUUUCUGAUGUCCAUCUUUCCUCCGUGUGUGUGUGAGUACCUGGUGUAUACGAGGUGUGGGAUGCUGGCUCUCUCGCAGGCCUCGAGCACGUUGCGCGUGCCCUGCACAUUCACCUCCCUCACCCGAGAGGCAGGCAUGUCGCCAUGCACGUCGAUCAUUGCCGCUGAACACACACAUAUACAAACACACCCAAUCACACGCACAGAGCACUCCAGAGGCCCAUAUGUCUGUAUCUGCCCCCAUAUAUCUCCAUCCUCACCGCAGUGUAUGCAGCUGGUGCAUCCCUCAAGGGCCCUGCAAAGGGCUUCCAUGUCCAGGAUGUCUCCCCGGACAUAGGAGAACUUGGCUGGGGGUGACGAUGACACCUUCUCCCGCCUGCCCUCGUCCAUCUGCAUCUGCUCGAACAGCAGGGCGGUGGGCGGGGCCACGUCGUACACACGGAUCUCUCUCACAACGCCGUGAAGCAUCCCCACCAGCUGCACACCAACAACACACAGACAAAGCAGCACACACACACCUCCCUCUCUGCAUGGAUCUUCGCGUGCUUGUGUGCAGGAAGCGCACGUGUGAGCCGAGGUAACCGCAGCCGCCAAUGACGCAGACGACCUCCUUUUGCAGGCCAGCGGCCACCUCUGCAAGUUGCGAUGGCUGCCCGCCAUCCAUGCCCUCGUCGGCACACAGAUGUCGCGGCAUGGCUUCUGGCCAAAGAAAUGUCGGAUCCUGUAAGGUACCCACUGCAGCUACCAGGGUCUGCAAGCCGCGUGCAGAUCUCGAGC